AUGGAGAGAGGUCAGGGUGUGGAUGCGGUCAACCGGUUCCUGGCGCACGCCCGCCAGUUCGUGGGCGGCCCGCUCGACGCGCACACUGUGGUGCACGUGGUGAUGGGCAACGAAGCGAGCGACCUUGACUCCAUGGUGUCGAGCACCAUGCACGCGUACCAUCGGUCGGUCUCGCCGCUUGCCGGCGCCAUCACCGCCGGCAAGACACACUCCUACGUGCCCGUCAUCAACAUCCCUCGCCAGGACUUUGCUCUGCGCACCGAGUCGGUGUGGCUGUUCGAGUCAGUGGGGGUCGACACCCGGAGCUGGGUCUUCAUCGACGAGAUCGACCUCGACGCCCUCCACGAGCGCGGCCAGCUGCGCCUGGUGCUGAUCGACCACAACAAGCUGGCCUCGCACCAGAAGCACCUGGCCGACGCGGUCGAGGAGAUCGUCGACCACCACAACAACGAACACCUCUACGCGUCGUCGGUCGUGCGCCGCGUCGUCGAGCCGGUCGGCUCGGCCGCGACGCUCGUCGCGCUGGAGCUGCUCGAGGCCCACAGUGAUGACGCGUCGGCGGUGGUGCUCGACGCGGGCCUGGCGCGGCUGCUGAUGGGACCGAUCCUGCUCGACACCGUCAACUUCGCCGCCGACUCGGCGCGGUUCAACGAAAAGGACACGCGCGCCUACGAAGCGCUCAAGCAGAUCAUCGCUGCCGCGGGCGAGGGCGAGGGCCAGUCUCCGCAGGCGCUGUUCGACAAGCUGCAGGCGGAGAAGUUCAACGUGGCCUCGCUCUCCUCGCGCGACCUCCUCCGCAAGGACUACAAGGAGUUCCACCUCCACAUCUCCGGCGGGAAACGCUCGGUCAAGUUGGGCAUCAGCUCGGUGGGUCAGUCGAUCGAGGCCUGGGCGGCCAACGAGUCCGACAUCCCCGCGGCGCUGGCCAAGUGGUUCGCCGAGCAGGGGCUCGACCUCCUCCUCGCCAACACAGCCUUCUUCGACCAACAGAAGGACCAGUUUGUGAACGACGUCAAGCAGUUCAUUGCCACCUCGAACAAGAGCAGCGACGUGCCGGACGAUGGGCUCAGUUUCUGUCGCCAGCUGGUGGCAUUUGUGGAGGCGGCGGAGGGCGAUGCCAACGCGCAGCUGUUCGCCGAGCUGGUGGGCUUCCUGGAGAAGAACCAAGAGCUCAAGCUCCACCGAACGGCCAGUGAGGUGACGCAGGGGAGGCGCGUCGUCUUCUACGACCAGGGCAACGCCAAGGUGUCGCGCAAGGUCCUCGAGCCCAUCCUCGCCCAGCAAUUCUUUGCUUCCCUGUAA